AUGGAUGAUUAUCAUGAUCGAAAAUCUUUCAAUCUCCAUGUUCUACGUUCGAAAAUCGUCAAUUGGAAACAAGGCCAUGAAGACAAUGAUCACAGUCAACGUGCUGUUGAUUUUCUUAUAAAAAAACUGAAAAAUUCCGACGGUGUACUUGAUUCUUUAGCAAAAGUUUUAUUAAAUCCUUAUGUUCCAAGUCCAUGUAUAACAAUUCCACCAUCUGUUGAUAAACGUAUACAGAUUGUCUAUCGAAAAGAAUUUCCACAUGUGGUCUAUUGUCGUUUAUGGCGCUUUGCUGAUCUACAGAAUUAUCAUGAAUUAGUUCCAUCACCUCAAUGUCGGUAUCCCUUUUCUUCGGGAAAUAAUCGAAAUCAAAAACAUGUAUGUAUCAAUCCCUAUCAUUAUGAUCGGGUACCAUCACAAGUUUUGCCAUCGAUUAUUGAACCGAGAAUUAACAACGAAAAUGCACCGCCGACACCACCACCUUCGACGUAUUCACCUGAUCCUUAUUCACCACAAUGGAGUAAUCAACCUAUGCUCUCUUCAUGGUGCACGAUAAAUUACUACGAACAUAGUAAUAAAGUCGGCGAACAAUUUCGAGCAGCAUCACCGCGAAUCUUUGUCGAUGGAUAUACUUCACCAUAUCGAAAUUUCACAAACCGAUUUAGUUUAGGAUUGCUAGAAAAUGUUAAACGACAGAAAGGUGUAGAACUUGUUCGAGCGAAUAUCGGUAGAGGUAUUGAAUUGAUCGAACAUGCGAACGGUGAUGUAUCAAUUCGAAAUCGGUCUUGGUCAUGUUCGGUAUUUGUUCAAUCGGUGUUGUACAAUCGUUUGAAUGGUUGGAAUGAUUCGACAGUUAAUCAUCUACCACCUCGGCAAUCAAUUCAUUCGAUUUUCAACGCCUCAAUUUUCACUCAACUUAUUCAUGAUCCAUUGGCAACUUAUGAAACAAUCCUUGAUUCAACGAAAUUAUGUGCGAUUCAAGUUAGUUUUAAAUUCGGUUGGGGUUUCGAAUACGGUCAACGAGAGAUAACUUCAACGCCUUGUUGGUUAUCAAUUCUGAUCAAUGAACCAUUACGUCUUAUUGACACUCGUUUACAACAACUCCAACCAGAACAAGCAACUACGUCUAGUUGA